CAUAUAUCUCUCCUUAUGUACAUAUAUAUAUAAAGUUUAAAUAUUAUACGAUAACAAGAACUAUCAAUCAAUAAAAAACCUCCCAUUUCAUUCCUAGUUAUUUUAAAAUUGCACAGGGUCCGUCCCCGGGUAAAGAGAUUAAAUUCUCUGACCCAAAAGAGGACCCACGGGCGUAUAAGAACUCGAAGAGCGUCAUAGCGAGCUUUGGCUCACUGACCCACUUCGAGCCCUUUAAUAGAUACGCCCGACUCUCGACGCGCAUCUGUUGGAGCGCGGCGAGAGAAAACAGUGUUCUCUGUACGACGUCCUUCCACAUAGUCAGUCCCGAUAAAAAGGGACUUGAGAUAGUGGACGCUCCGCGGAAAACACGACGUAACAAGAUCAUGUUAGAAAAACAUCUCUUUUACCCAAAAUUUUCACUGCGUUACAAGUUAUGGGACCGAGCGCUGAUACGCGGCUGCUAUGGGAUGACCAUUAUUCUAUCACCGCGGGGCAUUCCUCCGUGAUGUGUGUUCUAACAGAUCAUGUUUACAAAAACAUCUGUGUUUUUACCCCCAAAAUUUUUAGACGUUUCGUAGAUGUGUGGUCAGAUGAGGUAAAGGGUAAGGGUAUGGUAUGGUAUAUAAUGAGGGCGAAAAAUCACUGCACCACAGUAGAAGAUCGUCAGUUAAGCAUGUCACGGUUCAUAGACUGCGCCUAAAGUUUCAGCCGAUAUCCAAUUCGAAGAUAUCGUGGGUGAUAUAUAAUCCGUUGGAAAAGUUUGAGAGGUUACAGUUUGAAGUCACAUCAGAAGAGUGGCAUGAAUCGUAACAUUCUAUCUGAAGAAGAAAAAUAUUUGGAAGAAGCAUUUAAAUUUGGAAGAUGACAUUCUGGACUUUCUCGAUGAUCCCCAAGCAUUCAGGGAAGGGCGACAGGAAAUCUCUCCAGUGAAGUUUUUACGUGAUCGAGAAAUCGGUAUACGCUGGACCAAUAAAUGCUACGUCAGAGGGGUCGAUGUGGAUGAGAAGAUUUCAUACUGGCCUUGUAGCGUAAAAAAGAACUUGUAUAAACAAACGCUGGAAGAGUGCAAGGAAGAGGAAGGAUAUGUAGAUGGGCAACAUAUACCAUUUAUACAAUUUCAACGCGAACGAGAACUUGGAAUAUGCAGGACGUAUAAACCCUUCGUCAGACAAAAAGUCUAUUUCGGAUAUAUUGACGAAAGAAGUGGGAAGUACGAACGAGGCUUUGAACGAAGAGUCAUUGUCACGUCUGGUGAUAGAAAGAACGAUUUUUAUUGGAAGGACAAAAUCUUAUGGAAAAAACAUUUAAGUGUGGCCCUCUUUGCAUUUCGAUUUCAAUUGGCAAACGGGCAGUUCUCGGAAUCCCGGUGAAAGAUCGGGAUUGUAAAAUUCUAAAUACGGAUCACAUUGACUCAUUUUAUAAAGAUCCGAUCUAUUAUCUACCAGAAUACUCUAAAUGGAAAUUGUUCAACAUCGCACAUGAUAAGUAUGCAGAUACAUUGGAUUUCAUUACAAAUAUAAUGCAAUGCUGCCCAAACUGUAAUAGAGUCACAUGCAAGUGUUCCGAAUAAUUCGAACGUGAAAAGACGCUAGCGCGACAACAUGGAGCGACGAGACCAAGAUCUGGCAGAGCGAGCCGACAGGAUCGCCACAUUGGGUGAUUAUUUGGGGUGGCUGCAGCAAUGUUACGAGUGCAUCGCGGAGCUAGAGGAACAGAGCCGUAUCAAGUGUCCAAGAUUGUCCAUUGGCAACAAACAAUCGCUGGUGGCUCGAAUCGCGUGACUCGAGUGUGUCAAGUGUCAAGUUGAAAGACGAUUCGUACAUUUCGGUGGUGGUGUCGGACCUUCUUCGAGCGCGCAACUGACGUGGCGCGAGAUCGACACCGCGUUUGACAGUCGCGUGCUUACCGGUGCGGUGAUUAACGUGGAGUACAUCGAGCCGCACAAAUUUCUCGAGGACGCUCGCGAUGUAGUGGUCGAGCACGUGCGAGACGCUAUCAAGCGCUAUAAUUAUGUAAAUUGUGAAUACCGCGUUCAACGGGGAGUUUGUGGCGGGUGACAAACGUGCGAAUAAAAGCAUAAAUACAAAAAACUAUGAACUAUUCCAUACAACAGAUUUGCACGAGUGGUACGAGUCGCACGUAAUCGGUCCGAUUCUAACCGAACUCGAAGAAUUCCAGGAGCGUGAUAGCGGGUGGGCACUGUCGCGUAUACACAACGUAACCAUUAACGUGAACAAGUGCAAUCCUAUGCACGCGGGAUGCCAUAUAGACAUACCAGAAGUUGUGAAACGAAAGAAAGCAGUGAUCAACGUACGAUCAAAGGACAAUGCGUGUUUCGCGUGGUCGGUGAUCGCCGCUCUCUAUCCAGCUGAAAUAAACGUGAAUCGUAAAUCGUCGUAUCCGCAUUACAGCGAUGUGUUAAACCUGCGAGACGUUCCAAUGCCAGUGACAUUAAGUGGUAUUAAAAAGUUUGAACGGUUGAACAGUAUUUCCAUCAACGUGUACAGCAUCGAUGAAAAGAACAAUUGUGAACACGCAAUCGUACCGCUACGAGUUGCUGACGAGAAGAAGGAGAAGCACGUGAACCUUUUAUACGUGCAAGAUCAGGGGGGUGCUGAAGCGGGCCACUUCGUCUGGAUAAAAAACUUGUCCCGCCUCGUCAGUUCUCAACUCAGCAAGAAGGAGCACAAAAAGCACAUUUGCGAUCGAUGUUUGCACUACUUUAGCUCCAACAUCAAGUUGCAAGCCCACAGCGUGGACUGUCAGCAGAUAAAUAACUGCGCGAUCGUAUUACCCAGCGAGGAGGACAAGUGGCUCAGCUUCAACAACCACAGCAGGAAGGAACGCGUGCCGUUUGUAGUGUACGCGGACCUUGAGUGCGUCUUGAAAAAGACCGAUACCGAUACCAAAGCAAACCAGCACCACCAGGUAUUUAGCAUCGCGUACUACGUGCAUUGCUCGUACGACAACUCGCAGUCAACCAACGAUUUCGAUCUAUUGACGCGUAAAGGUGUGUUUCCAUAUGAAUAUGUGGAUUGCGCGGACAAGCUGCAGGACUCGCGUCUACCUCCGCGCGAGUCAUUUUUCAGUUCUCUGACCGGUGACACCGUAUCAGAGAGCGAUUACGUGCGUGCCGAGAAUGUCUGGAAACGAUUCUCCAUCCAAACCCUAGGCGACUACAGCGAUUUAUAUCUAAAGAUCGAUGUCUUGUUAUUGGCCGAUAUUUUUGAAAAUUUUCGCGAUAGUAGCAUCAACAGUUAUGGAUUAGAUCCCGCGUAUUAUUAUACAUUACCAGAAUUCACGUGGGACGCCAUGCUUAAACAUACGCGUAUAAAUUUCGAACUCCUCACGGACAUUGAUAUGGUCAUGUUUGUGAAACGCGGCAUACGCGGUGGUCUCAGCAAAAGUUCUGGUAGAUGUGCUCGAGCCAAUAACAAACACAUGCAGUCUUAUGAUCCAUCGAAACCAUCCUCAUACUUGAUGUACUUUGACGUCAAUAAUUUGUAUGGUUGGGCGAUGUGUCAGCCGCUGCCUUACGCGAAUUUUCGAUGGGUCACUAACGUUACUGAUUUUAAUGUAAAUGCGAUCGCUGUGGACUCAUCGACAUGUUACAUUCUCGAGGUCGAUCUCGAAUAUCCACAGCAUCUUCACGACGAGCACACUGACCUACCGUUCUGUCCGACGCGCGAUAAGCCGCCAGGCAAGCGACAGGAAAAGCUACUUGCGACUGUGUAUGAUAAGAAGCGUUACGUCAUACACUACCGCAACCUGCAACAGUGCACGCGUCAUGGGCUUCGCGUGACAAAAAUACAUCGCAUAUUGGAGUUCUCGCAAUCUCCAUGGCUACGCAAAUAUAUUGAACUCAACACACAAUUUAGAACGUUGGCCAAAAACGAUUUUGAAAAAAUUUAUACAAAUUAA